UUCUCAAAUCGUGUAACUCUAUUUCAACUGUCUUCCCAAUGUCGUAUCGACUGCAAACUUGGUAUAGGUAUGUCAUACUGAUGACAAUAUUAUAUUCUAUCAUUAAAAUUAAAAAUAAAUAUUUUUAAACUAUCUUUUUUCGGUUCUAAAUGUCCACGCUCAAAUCACGUUGCCUGUAAAUCACCACGGUCCCUUACGCUAUGGCAAGCUGCGGGGCCACUUCGUGGAGUCGUGGAGUUCUGCCAUUACGAAUGCGUCCCUUCAGCCGCAGGGGAUGCCCCCUACUCAAGGCCCCUCUCCCCGUCAAGCCCCCCAAACCCCGAAGGCCCCCCAAAACACGAAGGGGUCUUCGCGGUCCAAGGAGAGUCGAGGGACCAACUCUGGGCCGAGCACCAGUUUCAUCAAGCAAGUGCUGCCUGUGUACGGGUUUGGCAUUCUCAUCUACAUCGUUUACAUUCUGUUCAAGGUCGCUUCAAAAAAUGAGCCUCGGGGCAUUAUCAAACCCGUGCUGAACAAGGAGGGAAAUUCGCAGCGAAAAAUAACUGACCGGCAGCUGGAGGAGCUGGAGCGACGUUUGGCGGAGACCGAGGUGGCGUUGAAGACUCUGGCCUCCCACUUAGAGCCGCUUGGCAAUGCCGUGCAGAGGACCAGCAGCCUGUUUGAGAACGACUGGAUCGGCGCAACGGCCGAGCGGCAGGAGCAGGUGGUGCGGCGCUUGCAGGAGAUGACUCUCACCUCCCGCGCCGCCAAGGGCUCGGGGCCCACGAGCGCCGAGCAGGAGGCCGAGGACUCCCCCUUCUCACUCGAUGCCGAUGAUGCCGAAGAAAUGCCUACAUUUGUGCUUCCGUCCUCCCGCUUUGCACCAACUCCCGACGGCCAUCCCACCGGCCACCCGAGUUCUCGCCGGCCGGCGCAACGCGUGCCCGAGAACUGGGCACCCGACUGGCCGGACGACGCAGGUGGGCCGAGCGAGGCGGGUGAGCCGAGCGAGGCGGAUGGGCCGAUCCCCGGGAGCCAUCGCCGCUUCAUUACGACUCAAGGGGAUGUUGGUGACCGUCGCAGCGGCGGUGAGGACGUCGGUGAAUGCCUGCUGACCGGCAAGGCGUCGCGUCUCAGAGGGACUUGGCCACGCAGCGCUUGUGGCUUCUCUUCUGCGGCCGAUUUUCCGUCGUCUCUCAUCGACGAGCCGGUGGAUUGGGACAGCGACCCACUGGUGGCUGCCGAGAAUUUUGGAUUUAAUCGGAGCGACCUUUGCUGUGACCUCGACGAUGGUGGUGACAGUGGUGGUGACGGUGGUGACGGUGGUGACGGUGGUGACGUUGGUGGCGGAAACUCCCGCGGUGAUGACCACAAUCACGAUCGCAAUUGCGAUGACAAUAGUGUUAGUGACCAUGGUGUCCUUGAUGAUAGCUGCGACAAUGACGGCGAUCGCAAGCGCGGCAGUUCGAGUCCUGAACGCGCGAAUGCCGGUGACGCACACGCCGUGAGGACUGAGCUGAGACGCCGCGUGAUGCUCGGGUCACACGCCGACCCGGUCACGGGCUCGGAGCAGUGAACUUGCGUACGCUACACCACACGGCCACCGCUGUCGCCCGUCUACGUAUCCAUCGUGUGCGGUUGUUGAGCAAUAGACGUGUUUAAUCGGGAAAGCACCACAUUGUAGGGUUGUGUUCCCGAGUUUUGUAUUAAUCCGAAGAAUCUGACAAAUUGGACUUAGAAACGACAUUUAGGAUACGAACUUUAUUGUCUGGUUCGGAUCGAUUUGAAAAUCCAACGUAGCGGGAACUGACCCCACAUGUCACGUUAGCGUGUAAUAUAUAAACGGUGUCGCAUGACGUCGCUUUUAUUAGCUCGAAGACGUAAGUUAUUGCAGAAUGUUCAAUAAAAUCAUUUGUUGCGUCAUGGUCUAGUCGGUGGGAACACCAGGAAAGUGUUCCUGCCACCGGCACAUCACGUCCAGGGUACCUCUGGCCAUGGCGGCUGUCACUGAUAGUCACGCCACCUCCUCCUCCGGUCUGUCUCGCAGCGAAACUGGAAAAAAUUUUGGUGAAAUUCGGUGAUCGCCGGCAUCUUGGCCUCGAGCCGGGGAGAAAGCCAUCGCGUGAUGCUGGCUCGUUAGUUUCGCUCUUUCAAUCUGUGGGGAUGAGUGAGCGCUUUGCCUGAAUGUUUUUUUAUUACGACUGUUAAUAUCACAGCAUGGAAGCGGUGGUUGUGUUAAGCACUGUGAAGCUCUAAUGAAAGUCACUUUAUUAUAUAUGAGAUGACGGCUAUGAUGUGGAUGACGACGAUCGCUAUAACAUUUGUUGCUGCCCGCGGUGCAGGCUGCCCGUGGUGCCUGCUGGUAGUACCUCCGUGGCAAAUAGGCUACAACAAUCAUGAUGCUGGCUAGAGGCGGGUCUACUCUGGCUGUGUGAAUCGCAUUCUGCUCCACUCUCAGUACACUUGAGCUCAAUAUUUACUGUGGCCUGGCCUGUGUAACACGCCCGCGUGAUGCUCGCAAUAGUGUGUGUGUGUUGUUUUACAGGUUUAAAGUAAAAUAUACUUUAUAAGUAACGAUGUAAAACACCUGCGUUGUGCCUUUUCCUUUAUUUAUAACUCGCUUUACUAC